CGUUUUGAUUAUUUUAUAGACUAAUCAUAGACUAAUCUCAGAUAUUAUCAAUGCGAUUCGAUGCGGGGCGAGUUAACAAAUCAAUUUAGAUCACUUAUUAUUGAAAUUGCAUAAUAAUGUGAAAAUGGCAUAUGGCGAUGGCGAUGGCGAGUACUCGAGCCGAAGAUCAUCACACACCAAUGCGAAUUGAUGGCGAGAGAUGCGGAAGUUAUAUGCGCAUUGUGAAAUCCAUAAAUUAAACAGCCAAAGCCAAGAACGAUGAUAGUGCGAAGAGUGAACUGCAAAUCUCCAGAAGACACCACAUAAAACAAAUACUCAAAGAAAAAUGCUGUCAAGCGACUAGAGAAUUAGACUGAAAACAAAACCGAGAGAGAGAGAGAGCGAGAGUGUGAGAGAGAGAGAGAAUCGAGUAAAGCCAAGUGAACAAGUGAGGAGAAAAGGAGGAGGGAAGCAGAGAAGCAGCAGAGAUUGACACUAUGUCAAGGUCAAAGCUCAGCUUGAAGGCAAACACACUUGUUAUUGGACUAUGGGGAGUGCUGUUCCUGCUUCUGAUUACCAUUACUGAAAGUCAAGCCACAAGAGUGAAUCAAUCUUCGAAUGGGACAACGGGCCAGAUUAAAGCCUUGGCAUCGACGGCGCACUUCGCUCCAAGUGACUUUGCCCCAAGUCGCAGCAACAUAACCAUAUUGCAUGAGGUCAAUGUCGAGGAGUUGCAAGAAGACGAAGAAGAUGAACCUCCCUUGACGCUGAACACACAUGAGGUGCUGCCCCUGAAGCCGGUGAAGAAGAAACCGUAUUUGCCGCUGGAGAAAGUGCUGCCGAGCAUUGAUUACAUUAAAACGCAUCCGCUCAAGGAAUACGAACUGCAUCCGGUCACCUUUGAUUUCAAUCUCGGCGAUCUCGAGGAUCUCGAACACGAGGUUAUCAAGAAGGGAGAUCUAAGCAGCGAGGAGCAACAUGUGCUCAGCAAUGGCGAUGCGAAUUCCGGUGAACUCAGCUACAAACCGUUGAGUCCCGAAGACAACGACACCAUCGAUGUGGACAUUUCGGAGCUGGCCGAAGCUCCGAGUUCCACGGAGCCAACGACAGCCACAUCGCCGGCCACAACAACGACAGCAACCACAGCUGUGAGUGCAGGUCCAACUACAACGACAACAACAACGACAACAACAACGGCAACAACCACAUCGAGUUCGCAUAUCUUUAAGAUACUGCGCAACAAACCGUCAACGAAAAAGGGUCGCGAGCUGCUCAAACAAACCGACGAUGAUUUGCAGCUGAAGACCUUGGGCAGCACCAUCAACAGCAUCAGUCGAUAUCUGUCCAGCAAUGGCACGGGAAACUUUAAUGCCAGCAUGGCUGAGAGUCUCUAUGGCACUGCAAACUAUUUUCAGAUUGUCACGAAUCUCUACGAUCAUUUCUACUGGCAAAUUGCAGAGAUUCGCACAACGGUGCGCAAAGUCUGUGGUCUCGAGAUGCAGGCUUACCUCACUGCCCUCCACUCCAGCUACGAGUGGGCACAGAAAGCCUACGAUGCAUCGGGUCGCUAUCGUGGUCAGCUGCUGUUUGGCAACGACAAGUGGCUGGGACAAUUGGGGUUUUGCCUUGAGCUCAAUCGCCAGCUGCCCAGUGAGGAGCGCAAACACUUUGAGCUCGAGUUCUAUGUGGCUGACAUCACGUUGCAACUGCCGCAUCUCAAUCGCACGCAAUUGCUGAGCUUGGGCGAAUGUUUGCCCAAGUCCUGUUCGGCACACGAUGUGCAGUCGAUACUCUCGCUGGAUCCGUAUGCUCGCAUGUUGACCAUGUUGGGUGCCCACAAUGCCAGCAUGCCACAGCCGGCGUUGCAAGUGCUGCGCGUGCGCACAGUGCCCGGUCUCUACAGCCAUUGGCGGCAGCUCAAGUUCCAGGUGUUCAUAAGCUUUCUGCUGACACUGCUCCUGGUGAUGAUCGUUGCCACCUAUUACCAGAUGAAGAUCGACGAACGGCGUCUGGUUGUGGCUCCCGCCAUACCGGCGAUCAGUGCCAAGUGCGAUUCUGUGGUCAAGGGCGGCGACUACGAAAACGCCUACUACGGCAAACCCUUCGAGCUCUUCCAGAUGCGUCCGCUUGGCAGCAAUGGCAUUGUGAGUGCGGACAACACGCUCGACACACAGAUCGACAUGAAUGGGAAUCGACAACGUAAUGUGGGCGAUGUGGCGACAAUUGCCACCGAGCUGGGAGAUGGCGGGGCGACGACAUCGACUCGACUGGGAAAUGACAAGGCUGAGAUGACUGAUUAUCAGGUGGAGACCGGAAGUUGUACGGGAGUCACAGGCACCUAUGAGGCUGAACAACCCAUCGCUUUACAUCAACAGCUGUUGCUGUGCUUUGCGCUGCAAACGAAUGCCAAGGCUAUACUGAACAUUGACAAGACCAAGGAGUCAAACACAUCGUGUCUGCAUGGACUGCGCGUCUUCUCAGUGCUCUGGACAAUGAUGGUGCACACGUAUCUGCAAAUGUUUGCCAUAGGCGAAAACAAGUUUGAACGCGUUAUUACAGAACGUUCGUUUUGGUAUCAAAUCAUCGGCAAUGCCACCUUCUCCGUAGACUCGUUCUUCUUCAUCAGCGGCUUGCUGGUCACCCUGCUCUAUGUGAAACAGGAUCGCAAACAUCCCACAGAAUCGUGCAGCUUCGUGCAACGCAGCUGCCUGGAGACUAUGAUGAUGCUCCUCUAUCGCUUCCUGCGCCUCACACCCGUCUACCUCUUUGUCGUGCUGUUCAAUGACUUCGCUGUGCGUCAGGGCCUCGACUCAUCGGUCUUUCAGCCAGCCAAGAUUGAGCACAAUACGUGCCGCAUCUAUUGGUGGCGCAACAUUCUGUACAUCAACAACUUUUAUCCGCAGCACGAGAUGUGCAUGAUGUGGAGCUGGUAUAUGGCCAACGAUAUGCAGUUCUAUGUUAUGGGCUCGCUGCUGUUGGCGCUGUCCAGAAAAUACUUCAAGGCUGUGGCCCUGGCGCUGAUCGUGUUCCUCAUCAGUUCGUGGAGCAUUGCGGGCAUCAUCUCGCUACAGCAUCACUACACACACAAGGUGUCGCUACCCUUCGAGUCCUUUGACUUUCUCUACGACAAGCCCUGGCAACGUGUGGGUCCCUACAUAGUUGGCAUGUUCACUGGCUAUGCGCUGUACAAGGUGAAGACGCCGCCAAAGAUAUCGCGACGCAUGAAUCUCAGUCUAUGGUCGCUCAGUCUGGCCAUCCUGUUGGUGGUUGUGUUUGGCGUUUGGGAGGGCGAACUCAGUGCCGUAAAUACCGCCUUCUAUGUGGGCGUGGGCCACACCGCCUUUGGUUGUGGCCUUGUCUGGAUUGUGAUGUCCUGCUGUUGGGGUAUGGCGCCCAUGGUGAAUGCGAUUCUGUCAUAUCGUGUGCUGUGGCCGUUGUCGCGUCUAACGUAUUGUGCCUAUCUCAUCCAUCCGAUCAUCAUGUUCAUCUGUUCGUCACACAUGAGCGGCACCGUGCACCUCAAUAACCCAAUGAUAUUGACCACGUUUCUGGGCAAUGCUGUUGUGUCCUUUGGCAGCGCCUUUGUCAUCUCCGCACUCUUCGAGGCGCCAGUCAUACGCAUCCUGAAGAUCUGCUUUAAAAAGUGAUCGAUCCAUGCCCUCCUCUCUUUCACUUUCACUUUGUUUUUUUUUUUGAUUCGUCAUAAUUUGUAUUGUAUUUUGUAAAUUGUAUAUAUGUAAUAUACAAUUGCUAUCGACAGGAUGCUAAUGUUUAACAUUUAUUGUAUGUAUGCACUUUGUAAACUUGUAACUAGAUUUUUAUGUUAUGUUUCUGUAGUUGGUUUUGUGUGUGAGCGUAAAGAGUGAAUCGUUGAUGUUGUUUGCAAAUACACAUCUGUAAUACAA